UGCCGCUCGCUCCAGCUGAGCUAAGACUAGCAGCCGCACCAGGGCAGGGACUGACUCCAGCCCUUGGACUUAGGACAACGCAACAGCUUCUCUUGCGUGCGUGACUCAUUCGCACAUCAUUUCUGUUUAUGUCUGGGGUGGGGAGAAAAAUCCCAAUCCAGGAGGGACUUCUGGACAUGUUGAGUUUGAGGUUCCAGGAAGACAUCUAAGAUCUUUCUCUCACUCAUCCUGUCCGUGUGUGAUGCGGCAUGAUGGAAUAGAAGAAAGCUCUGCUGUGUAAAUGAGUAUGGAAGAUUAUGAUUUCCUGUUUAAAAUUGUUUUAAUUGGCAAUGCUGGUGUGGGGAAGACGUGCCUAGUCCGACGAUUCACUCAGGGUCUUUUCCCCCCAGGUCAAGGAGCCACAAUUGGAGUUGAUUUUAUGAUUAAGACAGUGGAGAUUAAUGGUGAAAAAGUGAAGCUUCAGAUCUGGGACACAGCAGGUCAAGAGAGAUUUCGGUCCAUUACCCAGAGUUACUACCGAAGCGCCAAUGCCUUGAUCCUCACCUAUGACAUAACCUGUGAGGAAUCCUUCCGUUGCCUUCCCGAGUGGCUGCGGGAGAUAGAACAAUAUGCUAGCAACAAGGUCAUCACUGUGCUAGUGGGCAACAAGAUUGAUCUGGCCGAAAGGAGAGAGGUCUCCCAGCAGAGAGCUGAAGAAUUCUCAGAAGCUCAGGACAUGUAUUAUCUGGAGACCUCAGCCAAGGAAUCCGAUAACGUGGAGAAACUCUUCCUUGACUUGGCGUGCCGCCUCAUCAGUGAAGCCAGGCAGAACACACUUGUGAACAAUGUAUCCUCACCCUUACCAGGAGAAGGGAAAAGCAUUAGCUAUUUGACUUGUUGUAAUUUCAACUAAAGGCUGAGGCAAAGAGAAACAAAAGGAAUCAGCAGCUGCCCUGAUGGGCCACGAAUUGCUAGGGAGAUGUGGCUAUGACUGUGGUUCCCGCUCUCGGACCUUCUGACUCCUGUGGGCUCCUGAGCUUACAAAGCAUGGCAGGCCAAGGGCCUUGUCCACAGGCCAGCAUUAGCAGAACAUAUAAUGGUUUCACCCUUUUGCAGUCUGGAGUCGGAGCAAGGAGAAAAUUUGCACUAGGCGCUCCAUGAUCUGCAGAGCAUGUUGCUUUUGUUUUUUUAAAAAAGCAAGUAAAAGCGCAUUCCUGAGCACAGCCCAGGGGGAAAUGUACUGUAGGGUUCCCUCCUGCACGUCAGUGGGUGCAUGAAGGGGCUGUUCUUUAGGGCUUCUGGGGGCCCUGGUUUUCUUGUCUACCAGACAAACCAAAACUGGGAAGGCCAAGUCCUGUCUCUGUGGUGCAUAUUGACGACCCCAUGGAGAUUUUCAAAAGUGUUAUUUCUCUUGUCCACAGGCACUUUCAAGAACUUUGGGAUGUAAAAAUGAAAUGAAACCUUUACCCAUCACCAACAGUAACAGUCAUUGUUUUAAUAAUAUAUCCAAGCUCCAUGACUCCUUUUGGUGCUAAUGAUUCCACUCUAUCACAGACCAAACGUUUUAGUACAUUGAUGUCCUUAAAUGUAUUACAUAGAAAUAAAAAAAAAAUAAGGGACGUCUAUGAAUCAGCACUCUUUCUCAAAGUCUCAUUACUACCUUUUCUAGGGUGGGUGUGUUGGAAAAAAGAAUACUUUCCUUUUAUGUUCCCCUCUAAAUCUCUACCACCUUCUUCUAUUUUCUCAUCUUUCCUGCCCUGUAAGUAAACAAAAAAGUUUGAAAAAUGAAAAAAACCCAAUGGUCUGAUGAGAUUCCAAUAUAAAAGAUUAGCUCUAAGACAUUAUGAGUCGUGUGAGGAAACAGACCAGAUCUGACCAAAAUACUGUGGAUUAACGGACUGCAGUGCAGAGAUCAAGCAGAGAACAGUCCUUGGUAGCAGGUCGCACCUUUUACUUCCUGGUACUAUCCAUCUUGGACAGACCAAGGCUUAGGCUUUUGUAGAUGUUUUUAGUAUGAUAAGUGAGAAUAGCAUCAGAUGAAGUCUCACGAACCAUUUUUGUAUCUUCAAUGAUAACCUUAGAAAAAUUCUGCUUGUGGAAGCAGGUUGAGUAGUCGUUUGUCACCUCCUUCUUGUAGUAACGUUACUCUCAGACUCAUGACCAUACAUUCUUUCCUGUUUCUUUUUCUUUUUCUCUCUCUCUUUCCUGGUCUCUUCCUGCUUUCCUCCUAAACUCUCUCCCUUCCUUAUAUGCAUGUGUUGCUGCAAAUCUCCAAUUCAGAUGGAGAUGUAUAUGCCUUUACAUAGCCAAUUUUAAAACAGGACUCAAAAUGGAAGACAUGCUGCUGAAUAUGUGUUACUGUUUCUUCAGUGCCAUACUUUGAUACCUUCUAAUUUGUUUACUGAUAUAAAUGCAAAUUGGGAAAAUAAUUAAACCUGUAUGCUGUUCAUGCUGUCAGAUGUUUCUGUAGCUUGCUGCUUAGCAUAACGGAUGGAUGAGAAUUGAAUUAGGAGAUGAUAUGUAAUUUCCCUGUUGCUGUAGAUGGUGGCAGUCUCCACCCUGCUGUGUUGAUCUUUGAAAGCUAUUUAAUUUUAAAGAAGUGAGUCAUAUAGAGACAUGAUCUUGAUACAGCAUUUCUAGCAUUUCUCUAGCACAUUUCAGAGUGACCAAUCUCUUGCACCUGGGAAUUAUAUGUAUUGUUCAAUGGACUGAUACUUUAGGUUGGCCUCACUGUGUCUGUCCUGAUCCUGUGGGUAAGGGAAAGAUUUCCCAGAAGUUUGAAUUGUUUUUAUUUUAGAAUCUAUCUCUACAGGAGAGAAACAUCGUUUUCAUAAACACCAACCAAAAUAAUUUAUAAUCGUUGCCUUUCCCUCCCCUUCUUCCUCACUGAGCCAGCAACUAAAGGUAUUCAGAAAACAAGUUGAUCAAGGUGGGCAGAAGAACUUCUCUUUUUAAACUGUGAGGAAAUGUCCUUAAGUUUGGAUUUUUGCCCUAAAUGAAAGAUGAUAAAUCUAAUGUUCCCAGCACAUCAUGGCCCAGCUUUGUCUCACGGCAGCAAGUGUGUUGAAAAUAAAGCUGCUUUGUGAACAUAGAGGAUGGGACUUUGUUAGACUGGACAAAUUUUGUCAUAAAAUAACAGCUUCUAGGACCACUCUUGCAUUCUGAAAUUCUUAUUCCCAGGGCUCAGCCUUCUCUGUCUACUUUGGCCACUCUCAGAAGGGGAUUAGAAGGCUCUGCCCCUGGCCCCUUUCUUCCCUGUUACUCCUCCCAGCCUUCCUGUAACUUAUAGUCACCCCUCCAUGGCCCAUCAGUGGGGACACAGGAGAAUGUAGGGCUUGCUUUCAUUUUUUCCCCUUAGUUGUGCAAAUUCCAGGUUAGGCCUUGUGGACACUUGUUCACUGUUGUAUCUCAAGUUUGAGAACAAUCCUUGACAAUAUCGUAGGUGCUUGAUAAAUGUUAGUUGAAUAAACAACUUAGUGCCAAGAGGAGCUUUUCUGGUUAAAGAGAAAUUUCUCAAACAGAACUUGAGAAAGGAUACUAAUGAAAUGUGGUCAUCUUAACCCAGGCCAGGACCGAAACUUGUUGGGCUUUCUACUAGUUCUUAUUGUCAUGGCAAUAUUUGCUAACGUGAGCCUUCUUAAAUAAAAAUGAAUUCUCUUUUAGUGGUGGAUGAAAAAGAGAGUUGCUUUCUCAUAAUUCAGUUUGACUUGAUCUGACUCAAAGACUACCAGAAUCCAUGUCUGCUUCCAUUUUUGGUAUUAUCUUUUUCUUCUUUUAAUAAAGUUACUAAAUAUAUGGUAAUUUUUUUUUCAAUUUCCAAUGAAAAUACAUCGUAUUCAUGGCAAGGAGUCGGGUUUGGGAGAAUCUGUGAAAUCAUAUAGCUUACUGAUAUUAAUGAUAUUUUAUUAUGGCUUUGUGUAGACUGUAGCCUCAAAGGAUUUUGUGCUUUCUCCUUUACCUAUGCAAGGCUUUUUAUUGCUUUCCUAUACUUUUAUUAGAUCUAUUGAAUUCUAUUAACAUUUAAUUUUGAUUAUACUGGGCCAUUUGUCCAUUCUGUGGAUUACUUAGCUUAGGCCAUUGGCUUUUCUUUUUCCCUUUUUGUCAUUUCGUGUUCGCAUAUCUUCCUGAGUAAAGUUGCAAGAAAAUAACUAAAAAUGAAAGUCGAAAGGAUUGAUUUGACAAUAUGUCAAUUUCUGAUUUAGAGUUUGGUAUGGUGAAAAAUACUGGCCAAAAUAAGGUAUUUGGAUUAGGAUUAUUUAUUUUAAGCAGUUUAGACUUGUUGGAGGGAGGAGGCAGAAGUGCAUAGACGACUGGAGUCCUCUUCUUUCUUCUUCUGUCCAUGAAUGGAUGCCUUUGGAGGACACCAGUGACUUCCAGUGUUAGAGCAAUGAUUUGCCUCAUUUAACCUUUAAGCUAUCCCAUAAUUCUUCCAGAUCCAGCAUCAAGUUUCAGUUAAUGAAUCAUUCUGAAUAAAUACCAGUUGCAAGUGAUUUUGAAUUGGUCUUCUGACUAAAGUGAAAACUUGUUUUUUUAUAAACCAAGCCACAUGAAUCAGGUAUCACCUUAUUAUAAUCAGAAAAAAACUUCAUUUUUUUUCCCACAACCAAACCAAUGGCUUUAAAGAUAGACAUUUUCUAUUUAUUAAUCCUGCAAAACUGUGUAUCUCAGGUCAUAAAGUACUUUAGGGAUCACUGUCCUAUUAUUCUCUGAAAGAGCUCUUCUAGAGUUUGCCAUUUCUUUUUUCUAGAAUUUUUUUUUUUGACUGCAACUGGUUACUUACUUUCCAUGACCAAGGUCCUGACAGGUGUGUUUUAAUGCAACUAUAAUAAUACUUUUGAGAGUUACCUUGAAAAUUAAAAGCAGUGAAAAAACGUGUAUCUCAUGCUUCAGACAAAAUGUACUCCACAUAAGCAGUAUGGUUGAACACUAAUUUUGGAAUAAGAGAGGGAUGUGUUUUCUUCUCUUUCUUCUUUUUGGAUUUCAUUUCUGGGACAUGAGCCUACUCGUGUUUGGAAGGAAAGCUGCCUUCCUUACAGUCUUCACACUGGGUGUGAAGCAUACUGAACUCAGAAAUCAUCAUCCCUUCAAAUAGCUAAUUAAUGUCGUAGUGUUAGAACGAGGGUGAUGACGCUUCAUCUCUGUUCCUCAGUCCAUGAUGUUGGCAUGAUAGUCAUUUUUGAGAGCCAUACUUUGAAACUAAAAACAAAUUGAGGCAUAACAAAGAUGGUGAAGGAACUUAAUUUAAGAUGUUUGAAGAAUAUUUGAAGGAUUAUGGGACAUUUAGCCUGGGGAAGAGAGAGGAAUAUAAUUAGUGCAUUAGAGUAAGACUCUGGUUCAAAGGGAUGGAAUGAGGCCCACUGAACAGAGGCCAUAAGGCCACAGAUUUGGGCUCCAUGUCAGGGAGAACUUUCUCAAGAAGUUGAUUCACCAUGGAAGGGGCUGCCUUGGGUAAUAGUCUCUGUCAAGCAGAGGCUAGAUAAGAACUCAGCAAAGAUGAUGUGCAGAGGAUCCCAGCACUAAGUGGGGGUUGGACCAGAUGACCUGUUAACUUAAAAUUCUGUGAUGCAGUACUUUGCCUUUCAUAAUGUGUUCCAUUAAAUAUCUAUUGACUCACA